UGUUUUCAAACGUAGUACUUCAAACUAAGCAUUUCGAUUGGAGAAUCACGUUCAACCUCUUUAUUUCCGUAUCGAAAAUUUUCCAAGUUGACGUUGAAUAGCGAUUUGAUGAUACACUGUACUUAAUUUCAUCAAUACAGUGACUUGCAUGAGAAAUGACAAUGUAUGUGCAAUCUACGUGAUUUAAAGAAAAGAAAACGUGUUUGAAUAAUUAUGUGACUGAAUGUGAAAGAGUAGCAUUAAAAAAAUGUUUCAUCACGAAUACGAGAAACGGCUGUUGAAGUCAAACAGCGAGAGUCAUAUAGAUAGUCUGGCAGGUUCUGGACUUCAUUCAUCAGUAUAUUUUUCGCCAACUAAAAUGAUGAACAAUAGUUUCGAUCGAUUUAUUCCAACACGAUCGGGCAAUAAUUGGCAAACAACAUUUUCAAUGAUAUCAGAAAAUAAUCGGAAUGGUAUAGUUACAAAGAAGACUCGCGAAAAUGGAGAAAGUAACCGUGAUGGUAUUGCUUAUUCUUGUCUUCUAAAAAAUGAACUUCUUGGAGCAAGUAUAGAAGAUGUAAAAGGACAAUGUGAAGAAAGAAGAGUAUUAUCACCAUUAGUUACCAGAAAUCUUUUUAAAUACAUUACACCUACAAAAGACCAUACACUAUUGGAUCAAAGUUCACCUUAUUCUUUAUCACCAUUGAGUGCUAAAAGUCAAAAACUUUUAAGAUCACCAAGAAAAGCAACAAGAAAAAUUUCCAGAAUACCUUUUAAAGUACUGGAUGCUCCUGAAUUACAAGAUGAUUUUUAUUUAAAUCUUGUUGACUGGUCUUCACAAAAUGUUCUUAGUGUUGGUCUAGGUAGUUGUGUUUAUUUGUGGUCUGCAUGUACCAGCCAAGUGACUAGAUUAUGUGAUUUAUCCAGUGAUGGUAAUAGUGUAACAUCAGUUGCUUGGAAUGAAAGAGGAAACCUAGUUGCAGUUGGUACACAUUUGGGCUAUAUCCAAGUAUGGGAUGUAGCUGUAAGUAAACAAGUAAGCAAAUUACAAGGACAUAGUGCAAGAGUUGGAGCACUAGCUUGGAAUGGUGAAGUUUUGUCAUCUGGUAGUAGAGAUAGGUUAAUAUUACAAAGAGAUGUUAGAACUCCUUGUGUUGUCAGUGAAAGACGUCUAGGAGCUCAUAGGCAAGAAGUUUGUGGACUCAAAUGGUCUCCAGAUAAUCAAUAUUUAGCCUCUGGUGGAAAUGACAACCGUCUUUAUGUAUGGAACUUACAUUCCCUUUCACCAAUACAAACAUAUACCGAACAUCUAGCAGCAGUUAAAGCUAUUGCGUGGUCUCCACAUCAUCAUGGUCUUUUAGCUUCUGGUGGUGGUACAGCAGAUAGAUGUAUUAGAUUUUGGAACACAUUGACAGGUCAACCAAUGCAAUGUGUAGAUACUGGUUCUCAAGUUUGUAAUUUGGCUUGGAGUAAGCAUAGUUCAGAACUAGUCAGUACACAUGGUUAUUCUCAAAACCAAAUUUUGGUUUGGAAAUAUCCCAGCUUAACCCAAGUUGCAAAAUUAACAGGACAUUCAUAUAGAGUUUUAUAUUUAGCUAUGUCACCAGAUGGUGAAGCUAUUGUAACUGGUGCUGGAGAUGAAACUUUGCGUUUUUGGAAUGUGUUCAGUAAAGCACGUAGUCAGAAAGAAAAUAAGUCUGUAUUAAAUCUCUUUACUAGUAUUCGAUAAAUUAAUAUAAAAAGAAUAAUGAUUUUAUGUAUAAUACAUAAUAUAUGCACUAUUCUAGUACUUUGAAAAAUUAUAAUGUAUACAACAUAUAUAACUAAUAAUUUACAAACAUUUAGUUAAAUAUAAGAACAUAUUCUGAAAUCUAUUAAGAUUAAGUUUAUGCACAGCCAAUUGUUCAUUAAUUUUUGCGUGCAAUAAGUUAUUAUUCAUAAAAUUAUGCCCUUAUAAGGAAAAGAAAGAUGAUAUAAUAUAAU